AUGCACAGUAGUUGUGCGACUCCCAAGUUACUUCAGCUAAUUGCAGUUUUGCUACUGUAUAGCCAGUGUUCUGCUCAGGUGUACAACCUAAGUCUAGCAAUCGAAGAGGGGCUACCAGCAGGAACAAUUGUUGGAGACAUAAGGGCUGGUCUGCCUGAUGACAUUCCAAAUAGCGGGUUUUUCAUAUCAGAAAGCAGAGACUCCUAUGUGUUCAAAGACCUGGAGAUAGAUGGAGAUACUGGGAUAAUAACCACAGCGCAGGUUCUGGACAGGGAGAGUACAGAUAAGUAUGAUUUUGUGGCAGCCACCUUAAAUGGAGAGGUGAUUAUGGUACAUAUUGUGGUAAGGGAUGUGAACGACCACUCUCCAGUAUUUACCAGGGAAAUUGUACUGUUGAAUAUAUCUGAACAAAGUCCCAAUGGCACCAGGUUUGAGCUGGAAGGUGCCCACGACCAGGAUGAAGGUGAAUAUGGAACCCAGGGUUAUCGCAUAACUGAUGGUGCGACCGGUGAGCUGUUCAAGGUGGAAUACCGCAGUGGAGGAGAAAGUCUAUUCAACCUGGACCUGGUUCUUUUAGGUCAUUUAGACCGAGAGUUGAGGGAUCUUUACACAUUCACCAUCGAAGCUUUCGAUGGGGGGAUUCCACAUAAGACGGGGACACUACAGGUCCAGGUCCAUGUCCUGGAUGAAAACGACAAUGCCCCUGUAUUUAGUCAAAGAGAAUAUCACACGUCCAUAUGGGAAAAUGCCCCGACCUCUACUACGGUGUGUCAGGUUUUUGCCACGGACCUUGACCUUGGACAAAACGGGCAUGUUACUUACGAGAUAAACCGGCGCCAAAGUGACCCAAAUGAGCUCUUCUCUAUUGACCAUAGUACCGGAAUAAUCAGUGUGAACAAACCCCUGGACUACGAGACACAGCCAUUCCACGAGUUGAUAAUCAGAGCACGAGAUAACGGAGAGCAGCCUGAAUACAGCAGUGCUCUGGUGGUGGUGAAGGUCCGGAACAUCAAUGACAACAGCCCCACCAUCAACGUGAUGUUCCUCAGCGAGUCUGGAGCGGCCGAGGUCUCCGAGGGUGCUGGGAUCGGAGAGUAUGUGGCCAGGAUAUCAGUGUCAGACCCUGACCUUGGAGAAGCCGACAUGGUCGGCGUCUCGCUGGAAGGUGGGGAUGGAAAAUUCAGUUUGAAACCCUCAGAUGGCUUCCUCUACUCCCUUUGUGUGGAGGACAAACUGGACAGGGAGGAGGUAGACCUCUAUGCCUUGAAGAUCGUGGCCUCUGACUUGGGCUCUCCACCUCUGUGGAGUGAGCAGACUCUUGUGAUCAGGGUGACAGACUUGAAUGAUUGCCCACCCAUUUUUGAAAAAGAUGAAUACAUAUUGAGCAUCUCUGAAGACACCUUUCAGGGGAGCAUAAUUUUUCAGGUCCAGGCUAAAGAUCUGGACGAGGGCAUGAACUCUGUUGUGCAUUAUUCAAUCGUGAAUUCUGAGCAGGACCACCUGAUUGACAUUGACCCCAAGUCUGGACUCAUAACCACAGCAGUGGGUCUAGAUCACGAGAGAGAGGCUGAAAUCCAAUUUUCUGUGUUAGCUGUGGACAGUGGAUUCCCACCCCUUUCUGCCACUACCUUGAUCAUAGUUCAUGUUGAGGACAUCAAUGACAACCAACCAGUUUUCGAGAAACAACUAUACAAUGUGUCAGUUCUGGAGCACACACCCAUUGGGACCUGCUUCCUUCAGGUCACAGCAACAGAUGCUGACAGUGGUGAGUUUAGCAGAGUGACUUAUUCCCUCUACCUCGGGCCUGACGGCUAUGACAAACACCCCCUCUUCUUGAUUCACCCGAAUUCUGGUGAGAUCUGUGUGUCUGAGGACAUUGACAGAGAGGCUGGUCUGGUGAACUAUGACAUCUUGGUCAAAGCUGAAGACCAGGGAGGCCUCAGCACGCAGACCUGUGUUCAUAUAGAAGUGGAGGACCUCAAUGACAACCUGCCAGUCUUCAGCCCGGAGACGUAUGUUACAAGCAUUAGCAGCCGCACCCAGCCGGGCACAGAGCUUCUGAAUGUAAUUGCAGCUGACAGAGACUCUGGGACGUAUGGGCAGGUGUCCUAUGAGCUCCUCUCUGGGGAUUUGUCCUCCCUUUUCUCUGUGGAUAAAGCAACAGGUGUGGUGUACCUGGCCUCUACUCUAACCCAACUGGGCACCGGCAGCAUAAAACUCUCCGUAUCUGCCCGGGAUGGGGAGGGUCUGAGCUCUGUCCAGCCGGCCACGGUCACCGUGAACAUCAUGAGCAGUGCGAUGGAGCCUAGCGUGUUCCAGAGGUUCCGCUACGCCUUCUCCGUGCCUGAGGACUCGCCUGUGGGCACUCCCGUGGGCACCGUGCAGGCCAGCAGUCCUGACAAUUCCCUGGAGGCCCUGUCUUACAGGAUUUCCUCUGGAGACCCGAUGGGCCUGUUCCAGGUGCACCCCGUGUCCGGCCUCAUCUGCACCAGUAGGAGUCUGGAUCACGAGACCCAGUCGUACGCUCUGCUCAUGCUCCAGUCCCAGGCGGCUAGCUCUUCGGUCCAGAGCAGUGCUCAAGUCAACGUCACCAUCGCUGACGUCAACGACAACCUGCCGGUCUUCCCCAGGGACCGAGACACCAUCGUGGUCUCCGAGAGCACCGCCCCCGGGACCGCCCUCUACAUCGCCCGCGCCCACGACCGCGACAGCGGCGCCAAUGGGAGGGUCCACUACGCCCUGCGGAUGGAAGGUUCUGGAAACCUUACCGACGGUACCUUCGCCGUGGACCCUGGCCUGGGCACGCUGUCGCUGAACCAGAGCCUGUCCCUGGGCAGGCAGCCCGAGUACACCCUCCAGAUUUUGGCAGAGGACGGAGGGGCCCCAUCGCUCAAGGCGACCUUGACGCUCACCGUUACUGUGGAGCGCUCGGUGACCGUAGACGCCCUGGCCUUCGAGACACUGGCGUAUCAGGUGGAGAUCGGCGAGGGGGCCCCGCGUGACUCACAAGUGAUCCAGGUACGGGCACACGGGCGGAGGCCCCGGCCCUACCCCGGCCUCUCCUACUCCCUCCUGCCCUUCUCUGGGACCCCUCCCUUUGGGAUAGACUCCGAAAGCGGCUGGCUCUUCCUGUCGCAGAGUCUGGACCACGAGGCUGUCCCCCUGUAUCGUUUCGGGGUGCAGGCCACUGCCCGGGAGGGCAGCUCCGUCCAUCACGCCACGACAACCGUCACCAUCAUCGUCCUGGACGAGAAUGACAACGCGCCCGUCUUCACCCGGGAUGCCUACUUCUUUACCGUUCAGGAGGGCCCCGCCCCCCAGGGCCUGAUUGGCUCAGUCAGAGCGACAGACAGGGACUCCAGGAAGAACGCGCAGCUGUCGUACAUCCUGCUGUCUGACGGGAAGCACUUCCGCGUUAAUUCCAAUACAGGGGAGAUAAUUAAUUGGGUAGCUCUGGACCGUGAGGAGCACACUCAUCACACCCUGAAGGUUCUGGUGACAGACCACGGUCUACCUCGCCUCAACGCCACCGCUACCGUUCACAUCCUCGUCACGGACAUCAAUGACAAUCCGCCCCUAUUCUUACACGUACCAGCGAGCAAGGAGAUCAACGUGCAGAUUUGGGCUGGAUUACCAGUAGGCUCUGUGGUUACCACCAUGUUUGCCAAAGACCUUGAUGCCGGAGAAAACGGAACAGUUGUGUUCUCUCUCAUGUCAGAUGAAUUGGGUCUUUUUGAGAUUGACAGUAAGAGUGGGGAGAUCAGAACCACAGGGGAUAUCUCUCAACAGGCCAGAACACAGUACACUCUGACUGUCAUCGCCACGGACAAUGGACCUGCACCACUGGAGGAGACAGCUGUGGUGCACCUGCAGGUGCAGCCCUCUGAGGGUGUGGGUGUAGGUUCUGCAUCACAGGCCUUCCUGCUGCUCUCUGUGAGGGAGGACUGCCAGCCCGGGACCGUCAUCGGAUCCGUGGGUUCGCCCGAGAGGCUCCCCGGGACCCUCUACUCCAUCGCCGAAGGGGACGGCAGCCUCCAUUUUGGGAUCGACCGUUCAUCCGGCGACCUGUAUGUUAUCCGUGAGCUGGACCACGAGGCCACAGCACGCUACCUGCUGAAGGUGCGGGUGGACAACGGGGGCCAGAGAAGCAACGGGUCCACGUCGGUGUUCGUGAGCAUCGGCAUGGAGGACGUCAACGACCACACGCCUUGGUUCGCAGACGAUGUCAUCAUAUUCGGUCUGGAGGAAAACCAGCCAGAGGGGGCGCCAGUUUACACCUUCAACGCCAAGGACGGGGAUGGGAGCUGGCGAAACAGUGAUCUGCGCUACACUAUUGCUGGGGGCGAUGGGAUGGAGCCACCUUUCCGCAUCGAUCCACGAACAGGGACUCUGACCGCCGCGGGCCCUCUGGACCGUGAGAGGACCCCGAGCAUCACCUUCACUGUGACCGCCACCGACCAGGCUCUGCAGACAUCUGACCGCAGAUCCGGAACGCUGACCGUGCACGUGUUCCUCCUGGACCUGAACGACAACGCCCCUGCCUUUGUCUCCUCGGACUCGGCCCACGUCCUUGAGGACAGUGAACUCGGCAGCCUGGUGCACCGACUGGUCGCCAAAGACGGCGACCUCAGAGAAAAUGGUCUGGUGACCUACACUGUCCUAUCAGGGAACGAGGAGAGCCUGUUCGCUCUGGAGGAGAGCACAGGCCUGCUGCACCUAGCCGCCCCCCUGGACUACAAAUCGGCCAGCGCUCACGUGAUGGUGGUCCAGGCUUUGGACCGUGGCCGACCCAGGCUCUCCUCCACACAGACCCUCACCGUCUCCAUUCUGGACGUGAACGACCAGGCUCCCGUGUUCGAGCGCAGCGUCUACAACGCCACGGUCAUGGAGAACAGGGAUCCCGGAGAGCCCGUGAUCCAGGUCACGGCGUCAGACGAGGAUUCAGGGGAGAACGCUGCAGUGCGCUAUACCCUCCUCCCAGGCCCUGGGUUCGAGCUCUUCUGCAUAGGCUCUCACACUGGGGAGAUCAGCACAACCUCACAACUGGACCGUGAGAGACAGCAGAUGUUUGCUCUCAGAGUUCUGGCCCAGGACAGUGGCAUUCAUCCUCUCUCCAGCACUGCCACUGUCCUGUGCUCCGUUCUCGACGAAAACGACAACGACCCCGAGUUCAUGCAGCCCUCCUUCCUGAUCCGGGUCCCAGAGAACCUCCCCCCAGGACAUCUCCACAUGGCCCAGGCUGCCGACCCAGACUCUGGAGCCAACGGGACCGUCCUGUACAGCAUCCAGGGUGAGGACAUUGAUGAUUUUUUCACCAUAAACACCACAAGCGGAUUGAUCACCACGCUGAAAAGCCUGGACAGGGAGAAGCGAAGCAACUACACCAUCAUCAUCAAGGCUCAAGACCAGGGUCCAACCCCCAGGAGCUCCACUGCCCCGCUGCACGUGCUGGUCCUGGACGAGAACGACCACAGCCCCACCUUCGGCCAGAAGAGCUACCAGGCCUCCAUCAGGGAGGGGAUGCCGGCGGGGUCGGAGGUCAUUCGACUGACUGCCACCGACAGCGACGAGGGCCCCAGCGGUGAGGUCACCUUCUCCCUGACGGACGACACCCUGGGCGCGUUCGCGGUCGACGGCUCCUCGGGCGUGGUGCGGACGACCAGGCCGCUGGACCGCGAGACGCGGUCGCGCUACACCUUCUGGGCCUCGGCUACGGACGGAGGCAGCCGGGGCCCGCGCAGCUCGGUCGCCAGCGUGACCGUGAACGUGGAGGACGUCAACGACAACACCCCGGUCUGCGCCCACAGUCCCCUCAGCGCCCCCGUUGCUGCGGAGGCCGCCCCCAACCAGACAGUUGCCACAGUGAGGGCCCUGGAUGGCGACCUGGGGGAGAACGGUACGGUGACGUUCGCCCUGAGCGAACUGGAUGCGGUCUUCGAGGUGAGUGAGGGCUCGGGGGAUGUUCGGGUAAAGACGUCCCUUCCUUCUGGCUUCUUUGGCACGAGGCUCCUGCGUGUGGUGGUCACGGACCGGGGGACCCCCGCAUUGUCCUCCACCUGCCUGGUGCUCGUACAUCUCCGGGGGCAGGAAGAGGGGCUGCGCUUCACUGAGAGCGUCUAUGAAGCGGCUAUACCCGAGAACAGCAAACCCGGUUCUUGGGUAGCGAACGUCAUCGCUGAGGACCAAAGCCUGGACGAGGGCAGAGUGGAGUACAGCAUUUUCAGUGGAAACGAAGACGGAGCGUUUGCCAUUGACGCGCACAAUGGUGACAUCACAGUGAAGGAGCAGAGCCGUCUCGACUUUGAGGAGAAGAGGACAGUCCACCUGGUGGUUCUGGCAGACAACGGGCGGCAGACAGCCCACUGCAGAGUUACCAUCUCCCUGCAUGAUGUCAACGACAACCCACCAUCCUUUGAGCAGCACUACUACAAAACUGCUGUGUGGGAGGGACAGAUACCCAGCACCUAUGUGAUGCAGGUGUUUGCGUUGGAUGCCGACAGUGGUCUGCACGGGCAGGUAGACUACUCCAUCCUGUCAGGGAACCACAAUAACGCGUUUGUCAUCGACUCCACGCGGGGCAUCCUGGCCACCAAUGCCGUCCUCGAUCGAGAGAUCGUGCCCUCUUACAAGCUGGUCCUGCAGGCUGUGGAUAGGGGCAGUCCCCCCCUCACAGGCACCUCCACCAUCAGAAUCCAGGUGGUGGACGUCAAUGACAACAGCCCCUCCAUACCUCCCAUGGAGCCUGUGGCCAUAGCAGAGAAUCUGCCUGCAGGUUACGUUGUGACCCAAGUGGUGGCCAAUGACGUGGACUUGAGUUCCGUGGUGACGUACAGCUUCACGGAGCAGGGAAGUGGGGGCGGCUGGUUCGCCAUUGACCCCUUCACCGGGGUCAUCACACUGACCAAAAGUCUGGACCGCGAGGAGUGCUCCCACUACACCCUGAGGGUCCAGGCCUCGGACUCUCUUCACCAGACCGAAGCGGAGGUCACCAUCCAAGUCAUGGAUGUGAACGACAAUCCGCCUGUGUUUUCCAUGGAAGCCUACCAGGUUGUGUUGCCAGAGCUAUCUUCUGCGGACACCUUUGUGCUGGCACUGUCUGCCACUGACAGAGACUCUGGGCCUAAUGGCAGAGUGUCCUACAGGCUUCUCACAUCUCCUCUAAAGAGCUUCUACAUCCAUGCAGAGAAUGGGUCUCUGUUCACCAGCAAGCCACUGACACAUGUGACUAAUGGGAAUGCGAUCCAGCUCAUGGUGGAGGCCAGAGACGGCGGUAACCCCCCACUCACCGCUGUGACGUCUGUGGAAAUCUACAUGCGGGACGCUAACGACCACGCCCCACGCUUCCAGCGGGCAUCAUACCAGGUGAGCGUCUCCGAGGACACGCCCCAGGGCAGCACCCUGCUCCUCCUGCGGGCCGACGACCAGGACUGGGCCCCUGACAGCUCGCGUGUGGACUACGCCAUCACUGGAGGCAACCAGGAGCAGCGAUUCUGCUUGGAGGCGGGUGUGGUCCAGACCGAAACGCGUCAGACGACCAUCACCAGGCUAGUCCUGUGCAGCAUGCUUGACCGUGAGACGGCAGAGAGCCAUGCGCUGACUGUGACCGCCACUGAUAGGGGAAGCCCGCCACUGAAUAGCUCUGCCGCGGUCACCGUGACCGUUCUGGAUGUCAACGAUAACGCGCCCGAGUUCAGCAGCUCCGAGUACCACGCGCAGGUGAACGAGGGCAGCCCUCCUGGAACCAGCCUGGUGCGGCUGUCUGCCCAUGACCCUGACGAGGGCCAGAACGCGUGGGUCAGGUACGCCAUAAUCUCCGGAAACGGCAAGGGCCUCUUCAGGAUGGAUCCUCUAAUGGGGACUGUGGAGGUGAACCAGAGCCUGGACUACGAGGAGGAUGUGAGAUUCACACUGACCAUCAGGGCCUCUGACGGAAACGGAGAUGGAUCGGGGGGCGGCAAUGUGGCCUUUGCCGUGCUUUAUAUUUCUGUGCUGGAUGACAAUGACAACUCUCCCUACUUCCCCUUCCCUGCAGUCAACUGCUCGGUGAUGGAGAACCAGCCUGCCUUUUCCCCUGUCUGCACAGUCCACGCCAUCGACCGAGAUGCGGGACCCUACGGCCGGCUGACCUACUCCAUCCUCGGCCCCUGUUACUUGGAUUAUAGUAGCAGAAGCCCAGACAGGAAGGACGCUUUCGCCAUUGACCCCCUGACGGGCGACAUCCACACCUGGCAGACCUUUGACUAUGAGCAGGAGUGUGAAUACUGCUUCCUGGUGGAGGCCCGUGACAAAGGUGACCAGACCACGACCACGAGGGUCCAGGUGGUCAUCGAGGGUGUGGACGAGUUCAGUCCCGUCUUCACCCGGCAGCAGUACCUCUUCCACCUGCCAGAAUUUGCCAAGGCCGGGCAGAGCAUUGGCCAGGUAUCAGCCACCGACCAUGAUACAGGACAGGAUGGCAUCCUGGAAUAUGCUUUGGCUAGGUCCUCCCCCUUUUUCUCCAUCAACAGAACCAGCGGUGUCGUCUACUUGUCGGCUGCCGUGUACAGGAGACAGGGUAUUGGUGCCGGAGGGGAGCUGGUGGACUUUGUAGUGAUGGCCAGCAGCCCCAAGAUGGACUCCAGGUUGGCUUCCUGCCUUGUCAUCGUCAACAUUUCUAGGUCUGCCGAAGUUCCAUUAGGCAUGUCCCUCAGUGCGCAGACCAUCAGCCUCAGUGUAUCUUUAGUCAUCGUCCUCCUCCUCCUCAUCGCCUUCAUUGUCCUUGUCCUGAGGUUCAAGCGAAGAGAGACCACCACGAAAAAGGGCACCCCUCCUGAGACCUCCAACCUGACCCACAGACUGGAUGCCUUUGAUAAGACUGUUGUCAGCCACAACGCAUCCAAUGGCAUCAGCCUCCAGGAUCUGAGGGGCCUAGUGGACAUUCAGGUGAAGAGGCGGCUGGCUAACCCGUACCGUCACUCGGACUCGAGUGGUCGGGGUUCGGCUGAGGGUGAGACGGCCGAGGAUGAGGAGAUUCAGAUGAUCAACGAGCACCUGUACCGAAAGAGUGCUGGCUCCACACUCAGCAUGGGCGCAUCCUGGAUACCUGAUUCCAGAGUGCCCCAAGAUUCAGACCCACCAUCCUACUGGGUGGAGGAAGACGGCAUGAUUGAGCCAGUUGCUAUGGUCACCGUGGAGACGGAAAGUUCCGAGAGCCUUCACAAUUUCCGGGAGGAGGGCGGGGGUGAGGAGAUGUUGUCACAGCCACUGAUGAGAGAUGGGAACAGGACCAGCGUGGGCAGGUAUGCCUCUCAGGGUGAAGCCCAAUUAGGUGGGACUGUGGGUGGGUCUCUGAUCUCAAUGGCAUGCACAGAGGAUGAGCUACAGGGCAGCUACAGUUGGGACUACCUCCUAGACUGGCAACCCCGCUUCCAGCCUCUAGUCUCCGUCUUCUCAGAUAUUGGCCAGCUGUCUGACGAGGAGGUCGAGCCAGAACAGGGCAGGGGCCGGGUCCUCGAGACACACAGGACACUCCAGCCCCCGCCCCUCAUCACAUCUGUCGCCCGACCGGGGAUCCGGUCCGUACCCCCAAGGAUGCCUCCUCCACGUGCGGUGCCGAACAUGACCCGCACACCAUACUUUCCUAAAUACUCCUACUCCCCCCUAGCCAGGAGCACAGGCCUCACCCCCUCCAGCAUGACCCCCAGCUUCUCCCCUGCCCUGUCCCUGGUCAACAUGAGAACACCCAGUGCAUCACCUGUGGUGUCAGAGACUGGACUUAGUGCUACUCCCACCAGGCCUAUCCCACACCCCUCCUGUAUCAGAGAUGGGGAAAUACAGGUAUAG